AGAGGAGGGGAAGGAAGGAAACAUCCAGUUAAAGGGAGGACUCGACCCAAGCUGAACAGCUACAGUAAAAUUUUGGAUUCACUAACCAGCUGAAAGCCCUGAACAUGUCUCAGGAAGGAGAGGAGGAGAAGACAAAAAGGCCAGAGGUAAGAGAUGAAGACCUGGUUGAAGCGAAAGACAAGCUGGCAUUCGGGACAACAGUAAAGAGUAAAACUUUUGAGGUGAUGGAGGAAUGUGAACGUGCAGGAAAAGUGGCUCCAUCAGUUUUCAGUAAAGCUCGUUCAGGAGGAGAGACGGUCUUCAACAAACCCUCCAGGAAGAAAUAAUUGAAAAUGUGGUGGAACAUUUCUAUACUUUAUAACAUGCAGGAAAUAAUUGGUGCAUAAUUGGCACAAUAGCACUCAGAUUAGAGACUCAAAACUGAUAUAAUGUGUUAAACUAGAGAUCAUGUUGUAGCUGUGUAUACUAAAUGUGCAACA